CUUCUUGCUCAUCCAAUCCUACACGAGAACCUGUGUCUGAUCUAGCGGCGGCCAUGGCUAGAGUUGGCAUCCUGCUCGCUGCAGCUCUGCUCCUGGGCCUCGUCUCGGCGUCGCAGGCCAUCGAAGGGACCGCCACCUUCUACACCGUUUACACCCCGUCGGCGUGCUACGGGUUCCAGGACCAGGGGACGAUGAUCGCGGCGGCGAGCGACGGGCUGUGGGACGGCGGGCGGGCGUGCGGGAGGAUGUACACGGUGCGUUGCGUCAGGGGCACCAACGCCGUGCCCAACCCCUGCAACGGCGGCACGGUCACCGUCAAGAUCGUCGACCGCUGCCCGUCGCCGGGUUGCACCUCCACCCUCGACCUCUCCAGGGAGGCCUUCGCCGCCAUCGGCAACCUCGACGCCGGCAGGAUCGUCAUCGACUACAACCAGGUCUGAAUGGUUCACGCUUCACAGGUUCAGGAAUGCGUCGAUCUGUAUAAAUAAGCUCGUCACAUUUGCAGCGAGUACAAGUGUCGAGAAUAAAGCGUGAUGCUGUCUUGUACGUAAAAACCAGAGCAUUAUAUUUGCAGAGUGCGAGCUCAUCCCGCACUCUGUAUAGUGUAUAGUCUAAAGAUCUUUUUGUUUUACCCCUAGGGGUUGUAUUUUCUCCUUCUAUAUUCAAUGAAAAAGCACUACUGUGCUGUUUUUUCUGUUCAAAAAAAAAAACCAGAGCAUUAUAUAUAGGCCUUUAUCAAUUGAAUAAGGUGAUGGUCAGAUUCACUGGCUGAGCUGAGAACUUUGAGAUUACGUGAACAGACCUUGUUGCCUAGUAUUUGUAUGGUGCAAUUAAACAGUAUUGAACCAGUUGUGACACUUGACAGGACAAA